GGGCAACAUUGUAAGUCUACCAAAGGAAAUCGACGCUCCUUGGGGCUUUUACUGGCUGCUACUCUCGCAUACUGCCGUGAGAAAGAGAGAGAGAAGCAGCGGCGAACAUAGAUUCCCGGCGACGCGGCGGCGUUACGGUUGCUCAACGCGCGGCGGUUCCGGAUUAAUUGAAGCUUGAAAUUGGCAGCUAAAUAUUAGCUUAACUGAGGAGAGUGGGAAGCGAACCAGCUAGAGCUAGAGAGUUUUUGUUGUCAAAAGCUCAAAGCUGAGGUUAUCAGUGGGGCAAUAGAGUGAAGGGACUUGGACAUAGUACAGUUACGAUGCUUCAAAUUCGUCUUAGCAAGGGUGCAUUAUCUGAAAGUGGUGGUGGAUCCAAGCCCUUGCCCGUGGAAACUGUGACGGUUGCAUGCCCUGACCACCUCGUUCUUGCUGAUCUUCCUGUAGCCAAAAGCCUGGGUUCAGCAACUGCUGCUUCCCUUGUCAAAAUUGUGGGUCGCAGAUCUCGUCGCCAGCUUGGUGAAAGAGUCCACUUCUGUGUCCGCUGCGAUUUCCCCAUUGCUAUAUAUGGGCGCCUGAGCCCUUGUGAGCAUGCGUUCUGUCUUGAUUGUGCUAGAAGUGAUUCUAUAUGCUAUCUAUGCGAUGAACGCAUCCAGAAGAUUCAGACCAUUAAGAUGAUGGAGGGGAUCUUCAUUUGUGCAGCGCCCCACUGUCUCAAGUCUUUUCUAAAGAGGAUUGAGUUUGAAUCCCACAUUCACGAGAGCCAUGCCGACCUUCUUCACCCAAAUGUGGAGAAAGAAGAUGGGAAUGAGUCAGAGGCUCACAGCGCUAAACAAUCCACAGCUUCUGAUUCCACAGUAAAAGUUCCACCAAGGCCUGUAUUUUCUCCUGGUUCAAAUUCCCAGCUCCAAGAUCGUGAAGAUAGAGCGCGUCGCCAGCAACCUAGAGAACCACCACUUCCCAGGUCAAUGAUGCAGACAAGGCCGUCACUGCCUUUUGGACAAGUUCAAAAUCAUCCGUUAGAAUUGCAAUCUGAAAACCGAGCCCAAGGCUUGGACAGGUCAGGCUCCCAGAACAACUUCCACCAACAAAGCUUUGAGAUGCAGGGUGGGCUGCAGCAAGAAUCUAGUCAUUUUCCUGACAAACAGCAAGGAGUUUCACUAGAAACUGCAAUUUCUGAGUACUCCUCUCAGCAUCUUCAGCAGCCACUCAAUUUUGCAGUGCCUAUUAAUUCAAAUCCCCUAUUUAGUUAUCCUCCUGUCCCCUCAGAGGGUGUCCAAUCAUUUUAUGGAACUCCCUAUGAGAUGGCGCGGUCAGACUCAGCCCCUGAGGUUGUCCCAGAGCAGAGUUCAUUGUUGGGUUUUCCACCAGGUCCGCCUAGGAUUUUGAAUUCCUCGGAAAGCUAUAGAAGGUCCUGGAAUGCGGGAUCAACUGUUUCACCUUUUGAAACUCCACUUGAGGGCCAAGCAAUUGCUGAUGGUUUAUCGAACCCACCUGAUUCUCAAAGGCCUGCCUUUUUCCAAGGUGAUUAUGGGCGAAGUCCAGCCAGUGUGUCCAUGAACCCUCCCCACCCGUCUAACAAGGGGACUGAAUCUGUGCAGGGUAAUAAUCCUAUGGAUCCCAGGGAUGGCAAGGGUGUAUUGGCACCACAGCCCUUGCCAUUCCCACCACCACCACCUCCACCGCUUCCUCCUCACUUGUUACCGGCUAAAUGGGGCAAGUUUUACUCUGGUGACGCAGGUCAUGAUGGGCAGGGCUUUGGGUGGGCGCAGCAUGAGAAGCGGAAUAGCUUUGGGAGUGGUCAGGACCAGUGAGGAUGCUGGAGUUCUUGUUACUUAGCCAUGUUGUAUUAGUUGAUCAUUGCAUUGCCUGUAUUGUAUAUACUUUGUAUUUCACUUCGUUGCUUUCUUGUCAUGCCUACGUCUACCAAGUAAUCUAUGGAGAUAUCUUUUUUGACAUGAAAUAUUAUAAUGUAGUUGCUAUUUAUGCAUACAUAAAACUUUUUCCUGCCUUGAGUUGGAGCCAACAAAAACAAUAGAACUCAGACAUGGGUAUUUUUUCUUCA